AGACAAAUACCUGAGCGGCGAACCCAUCAGUAACUACGAUGACGAGUGGAGGAGCACCACUCAGAGCGGCGAGACGUGGAGCCAACGCUGGUUCUCGUACUGGCUACCAGCUCUCAUUUCCAAAGGCGUCAUACAACCAACGGAAAAAUUCACAAAGAUGCUAGACUUGAGCGUGGAUGCCUAUAAUUUCUUGGUAAGAAAAAUUGACAUUAGUUCACCGGAUGACUUACAGAUUUCAGUUGCAACUGAAUUAUAUGGAGAUAUUAUACUACAAACGGGAUUGGGCAUGAUAUACAACGGUAGAUUUGUUGCGUUACUACAGGCAUCGGUGUAUGGUUUCAACAACAGGGACAAACUAAUGGAACAAUUUGGCAAUGCUUCCUUUACCUUCCAAGACUUUUUGCGCCAUGUGGUAUGGACUCACAAUCUGGGUAUGAUGGAUCGUCACUGGAUGACCUUUACGGAGGAUUGCGAACCCUGCAGGAGGAAGUAUCAGUACAUCUUACGACUGGAGAACAUUGCUCCAGAGUUCAACUACCUCCUGCAGCAGGUGCUAGGCUACCCGGAUACCAUCCCUUUCUCUCUCACCCACCGCUCUAAACAUCACGCCAACAAGUCUGAUCUCCACUUCUAUAACGAUGUACCUAAGGAUAUAAUGAACACGGUAUUGAACAUAUAUAAACAUGACAUUCAGCUAUUCAGUUAUAAUGAAAAAAUAGUUUAGAUGAAUCUUGCUAACAUUAAAUAAUUAUAUAAUGUAUUUCUGGAUUUUUCGUAUAGUGGAAUGGCAUUGCCCAAAAUACCAUGACAAUUGUGCAUUUUGUGAUAAAAACACCAACUUUGGUAAAAUAGUGAAAUAAUACAAUAUGACUAGACCUGGAUAUUGGAACAUCACAUAUUACUGCUUGAGAGUUGUGGACGCCAGCAGCUGUUUGUUUACAGACCCGGUGACGUCAGACGGACUACAAGACAGAACAUUUGUUUGUGUAAACUGUGGGAGUCUUAAGAGGUCUAAGAGACAGUAAUGAACUGCUCCUGAGAACUACAUUUGAUUAAUUAGGCUGGGCUUUGUAAACGACAGCCACUUGAUGAUGUUGGUAGCCACUGUACAGCCCUCAAAAAUAAAAGUAGCAUCAGCCAUAUUCGAGGCUUCCCGAGCACUGUUACUCGACGUGAACGGUAGAUAGUUCUACAUCCGACAACUCUGAACACGAUUGAGUAUAUACGUUUUUGAACAUUGUGAAUCCUCCGAGGCUUCUGAUCAUAUAUAACAUGAAUGGGAGUGGUUAUCGUACAUGCCACCAACACCAUGCCAGUCAUCAACAGGAUCUUAUAGUAAGUGGAGCGAGGAAUUAUCGGG